AUGUCCAUCCCGAAGUACCAAACAGCAGCUACGAUUGAGCGCCCCCGUCCCGGCGCGAAACUCGACCUCCGCCAUGAUAUCCCCGUCCCUGAGCCGAAGGCAGGGGAGGUACUCGUCAAGUUGGAAUGCACUGGUUUCUGUCAUUCGGAUCUACACAAUAUUAAUGGGGAGUUACCCAUGAGCACGAAUGUCCCCGGCCACGAGGGGAUCGGGAGAGUAGUCCAGGUUGGUCCGGAUACGACCGAGGACAUGAUGGGGAAGCGUGUGGGCGUGAAGUACCAUUCCCCUAUAUCGCAACUACUUAAAAAUGGCCUAACAAGUACCAGAUGGCUGUACAGCACCUGCAUGAAGUGUCCGACGUGUAAGGUCAAUUAUCCGAAUUGUCCGAAUCAGAGUAAUUCCGGUCGGAAUGUCCCUGGAACGUUCCAGCAAUAUAUCGUCUCCCCGGCCGAUUUUGUAUCGAUUAUUGCCGAGGAACUGGAGCCAGAGGCUGUUGCACCUUUGUUAUGCGCUGGACUGACCAUGUACGGCGCCCUGAAUAAACUGCACAAGUUCUGCCAAAAGGGCGACUGGGUCGUAAUUAUGGGCGCCGGUGGUGGAUUAGGACAUUUAGGAAUCCAAAUCGGAAAGGAAAUGGGGUACAAUAUCAUCGCAGUAGACAGCGCAACAAAGCAAGACAUUUGCAUGAAGUCCGGCGCGGCGGCAUUUGUCGAUUUCCGCAACGAUGUAGAGAAAGAAGUCCAAAAUCUAACCGAUGGCGCGGGCGCACACGCCGUCGUGGUAGUCGUCGGUCUUGCAUCCGCGUACAAUCAAGCCCUCCGACUCCUUCGCCCCCUCGGUACGCUUGUCUGCGUUGGUCUCCCCUCGCAAGACUACCGCAUGCCUAUCUCGCCGUUGGACUGUGUGAAUCGCGGGAUUCACGUCGUUGGGAGUUGUGUGGGGACGGAAGAGGAGAUGCAGGAUCUUCUGAGAAUGGCAGCGGCCGGGCGGGUGUCUACGCACUAUCAGGUUUUUGAAUUAAUGGAAGUGAACACGGUGAUUGAGCGAUUAGAACGGUUUGCGAUAGAGGGCCGGGCCGUUUUGCGGAUUCCGACGGAGAGUCCGAAAGCUACAGAGUAG